AUGACGCUGUAUACAGGAGUGUAUGUGUCAUUGAGCCUGUAUGACGCUGUAUACAGGAGUGUAUGUGUUAUUGAACCCCACGUCACUGGCCGCAUCCCUGCCUGUUGGUCUGUUACAGUGCCUCUUCCUCCUGCUACACUGCCUGUUGUAUGGGUUACAUACUACAGCUGCACCAUACUACAGCUGCACCAUACUACAGCUGCACCAUACUACAGCUGCACCACACUGCAGCUGCACCAUACUACAGCUGCACCAUACUACAGCAGCAUCAUACUACAGCUGCACCAUAUUACAGCUGCACCAUACUACAGCAGCAUCAUACUACAGCUGCACCAUACUACAGCUGCACCAUACUACAGCAGCAUCAUACUACAGCUGCACCAUACUACAGCUGCACCACACUGCAGCUGCACCAUAUUGCAGCUGCACCAUACUACAGCUGCACCAUACUACAGCAGCAGCAUACUACAGCUGCACCACACUACAGCUGCACCAUACUACAGCUGCACCAUACUACAGCUGCACCAUACUACAGCAGCAUCAUACUACAGCUGCACCACACUACAGCUGCACCAUACUACAGCAGCAUUAUACUACAGCUGCACCACACUACAGCUGCACCAUACUACAGCAGCAUCAUACUACAGCAGCAUCAUACUACAGCUGCACCACACUGCAGCUGCACCAUACUACAGCAGCACCACACUACAGCAGCACCACACUACAGCAGCAUCAUACUACAGCUGCACCAUACUACAGCAGCACCACACUACAGCUGCACCAUACUACAGCAGCAUCAUACUACAGCUGCACCAUACUACAGCUGCACCAUACUACAGCUGCACCAUACUACAGCUGCACCACACUGCAGCUGCACCACACUGCAGCUGCACCACACUACAGCUGCACCAUACUACAGCUGCACCAUACUACAGCAGCAUCAUACUACAGCUGCACCAUACUACAGCUGCACCAUACUACAGCUGCAUCAUACCACAGCUGCACCAUACUACAGCUGCACCACACUGCAGCUGCACCAUACUACAGCUGCACCACACUGCAGCUGCACCAUACUACACAACAGGAGAAAAUAUUUCAGUUUUCAAAUUGUUUUUUCCCCUAGUGUAG